GCAUAGAGUCUGAUAACAGCUCAUAGCGUCAGCAUCAGGACCCAGCAGAACCUGCCCAUCUCUCCACACACAAGAACAGCGACCACUACACCUAGACAUGGCCAACACAAACCACGGUGCUGUACAGCAGGCAGCAGCUACUGAGCCCAUCAAAUUCCUUAGUAAAGAAGAGGCGAAGGCCCUGGAGGGUGAACUCUAUGAAGAAUACAGAUUUGGACAGCAGCAACUGAUAGAGAUAUCUGGGCACAGCUGUGCCAUGGCAAUAGCGAAGGCUUUUCCGCGGAGCUCACUGUCAAAGAAACAGCCAACGAUAUUGGUGAUCUGUGGCCAGGAGCAGAAUGGAGCUAUUGGUCUGGCAUGCGCGAGACACCUUCGUACAUUUAACUACGAACCGACCAUUUAUUACCCAAAACGUUCCUGCAAACCCAUCUUCCUGGACUUUACAGUUCAAUGUGAGAAAAUGGAUAUUCCAUUCCUGUCUUACCUUCCAGCUGAGGUCCAGCUGAUCAAUGAUGCCUAUAACCUGAUAAUAGAUGCUGUGCUGGGACUCUCAGACGAGGCAGGACUGAAGGAGCUGUACACCAACAUCCUGGCCACAAUGAAACACGUGAAAAUUCCAAUAAUUAGCAUUGAUGUUCCUUCAGGCUGGGAUGUCGAAAAGGGGAACACUGAAGGCAUCAAUCCAGCAGUCCUUGUUUCCUUGGCAGCACCAAAGAAAUGUGCCACACAAUUUUCUGGAAAGUUUCACUUUCUCGCUGGUCGUUACCUUCCUGAUGACCUACAGAAGAAAUACGAGCUUAAUCCCCCAGACUACCCGGGAACCGACUGCAUCGUACAACUUUAAGAAGAGAUGGAUUUUGGGACAAUGGAUUCAAGCAAGAUGAAAACUGACCGGAAUUAAAAGUGGAAAUGUAUAAACACAGCAUUGGCUCCUGCAGCAGGAGCUGCAUUCUCCAGAAAUCCUGGAACCAGCACAACAGGUUCCUUGUAAAAGUCCUGGAAAAUGCAUCUCCUCAGAAACAGUUUUAAAUCGUGUUCUGCAUUAGCAUAAAUCAGUUUUAUUUAUCUCGUCAAGAUUGCUCGCAGGUUUUGUUUUUGUUGAGAAUUCUGACCUACCGUUCUUUCUUUUAAAUUCCAUAAAUGUGACUUUGUUGUAGAGAAUGAUUUUUAUGCAGCAUCAAGAGGCAAAAGCAUGAUCACCAGGUCCGGGUCAGACAUCAUUGUUGUGGCUGUGAUGUAUUUUAAGUUGCUGCUCACCAUAUUAUCAGGUAGGGACCAGAAUAUUUCACUGAGGGAUAUCUGAAUCUGUCAAUAUUUCACUUUUGAAUACCUGCAUCUGCCAAUAAUUGUGGCUAGCGUCAUGUUGAAUUGCCCAAAAGACAUUGUGUGUGUGUGUGUGUGUGUGUGUGUGUGUGUGUGUGUGUGUGUGUGUGUGUGUGUGUGUGUGUGUGUGUGUGUGUAUGCAUAUGUGUGCGUGUUCAGUUUUGGAGAUGGGAGAGACACUCAGCUGAUUGCAAGGCAUCCCACUUUGACCUGAGCCUCUGCUGGGCUGCCAGAUCACGGCAAAACUAAGCAGCAUCACAACUGGUUUCGAUUGACAUACAAAGUGGCAGGGGGUGUACGGUUGGAAAUUGAUCCCCAAUGCUGAAAGCUAACUAGUGAUCCAACCAUCCACCCUUCCUAGUUUUUCCUGGGAAGCGUAUAUGUGUAAGGAAGUUGUGUCAGGACAUGAUUAGCCUUAAAUGUGAUGCAUCUCACAGUUGAUGAACAUGUUAACCCUCCUUAUUUUUUGCUUGGUCUCAGAGAGCAGCAUAUUCGAGUAAGGCACAAGCUUUUACAGAAGCAGGAUUGGGAAAAAGAGGAAGGAAGCAAGGAGAUGAGGAACAGAAUUCUUAGCUCAGAGCGCUCACUAUCGCCCACAAAGUGGGCCUUCCCUUUGAUUCCCCCACUGAUUCAGAAUGCUAUAAUAGUUGUGUUUGUAUUGUGCAUCAUCUAUGGUGAAUGGUUUAUCUUUCUUAUUGUUGGGGGCCAUGAAAUAAAUAAAUUACUGGUACCCAUCAGAUCUGACGAGGAAGUGAAAUGGAGAGAGAUUACACUGAGGUUAGUAAUAAUUGCUCCCGCAGCCAUUCUGCAAAGGGGUAGCCUGGGCAUGGUGCGAAAAUAAGAAAUGCCCAAAUAAAUAAAUGCAACCAUGCACAUUGUACAUUGAGCUUGAUAUGUAAUUUAAAAUUAUACAUAUCAUGGACAAGAUUAGGAAAUGCAAUUAAUUUUUGGGGUUUGGUCUGUAGUUUAGGCCAUCCUACUUCACAAAGAAGGAUGUGAAUGGGUUCAAGGAAGAGACGUGUGGAUGAUUGUGGAGAAAAGAUCAUGGUGUAUUUGAAAUUAGACAGCGUAGGGAAAGGUACCAUUGAGAAGGUUGUUAGUUUACAGAGUGAACUCAGAAGGUGAGGGUUAUAAACAAACACAUCUUGAGCAAGCUUGGAAGUUAAAAUUAUCCUCCUCUCUUCCUGCAGCACAGAACUGGCUCCUGGGACACUUGUUUAAAAAAAGAAGAAAGUUGGUUACAGAGAUAUAUCAGAUUUGUUUGAUUCAGAUAGUGAUGAGGGAGAGGAUAUGGAGAUACGCUGGUAUGGUAGUGGGUGUGGUGAAAGACGGAGAGCUAUCUGUGACUGAGGUCGCAUGGUGGAGGAGUGUAUUGGAUAGGCUGAAUGACCUUUGCUUAUUUCAAGCUUUUGUAUGAGAUGCACUGCCCACCCUGUCAGCACCUCAAACCAAAAACAUUAAGGGCAUUAAUUCUGAGGAGGCCAGGUUCCAGAAAUGCUAGCUAUUCAUUUCUCCCCCGAUGCAGUUUGAUCUGUCCAUAUCCCUGCAUUUCAGAUUGCUAUUGUUAAUGUUCCGUUCUAUUUGGUGAGUUUGUUGUAUGGGUUUAAUAGAUCAUUAGUAGAUGUACUAUGGUGCUGCUCAUUAUGAGCUAUAACCAAGUGUCACUUUGGAUGAAAUGGGCAUAGAGGGUGGGGUUAGUUAGACUAGGUAUGUGUAGGUGUUUCCAUUACCCCUCGAUUUAAAGUCACGAGCUAAAACAUUAACUUUAGAUUUUCCAUUGCAGAGUCAUAUCCUUCACGAUGAUAGUGGUAAACACCCAUGUAAAUAUGUCAUGCUAUAAUUACAGCUUUCGGUCAGUGGUGGGACUGCCUGCACUCAGGGCGAUAGUGUGAUUAUAGCAUGACAAGUUUACAUGCAAAUUCAUCAUUGUAAAUGUGGGCAUAAGACUUUGAGAAAAAUGUCAACAGUAUGCUAAUAUAAGAUUUAAUAUAAUUACAGAUAUAUAUAUAUAUAGAUAGAUAGAUAGAUUCAAAUAUACAGGUAUUUGUACUGUUUGUUGCACUAUUUAUGUUCCAUUUUUAAGCCCUGGGUAGAGUGUGUUUGUCAGCCCUAACUAUGGAUUGUAAGACAUGUUUCCAGUCAAGUUCCAAACUUUGCAGCUAUCGAUGAAAUUACUCAGUGUAUCAUUCACAUUUAUACCAUGUGUAGUACUCACAAUCUACUAGCCCAUCUUGGACCAAUCGUUGAGACAAAGGUGUGGGACCCGCUAACCUAAGAUUAAACCCAUGCUUGUUACAUCUUUCCAUUGUGCUCUGGGGAUCAUAAUGUGUUGUGUUAGUCUGUUAGCCCCAAACAUGAGUUAUUUGCAGUAAACUCUACCCAGCUCUGAGGCAAGCACACUACUGAGACAAAAUUCAGAUUAAUUUUAAUGUUGUUUCUUCUACCAGGUCUUGAAGUGUUGCUGAAUCAAUUUGAUACCUAUAAUAAAUAUAAGUUAUGCUCACCA